GAGGCAGUGCGUGACUCCAGCGUCGGCGUUUACCUCAGUCACUUGGCAAACUCGGAAUAACCAUUACUGCUUGAUUUUUCCGGACUUUCUUUUCCUUUUUGCACCGUGAGCAGAUGUCCAGAGGUGUGCAGAGGGGUCAGCGAUGGGUUUUAGCGGGUCUCUGCGGAGGGGAGACGGGGAUUUAAAUGCCUCUCCUCGUCUUUAUCGCUCCUUUUCUUAGUGAAUGGCGCUCCACUAAAAAGAGUUUUGUAUCGCCGUUUGCGUUCGUGUCUGUAAACUUUACUCUUUAUUACACGCUAGUUACUCCUUUUCUUCAGUUUUAAGUCAUAUAUAUUUGUCGGUGAUCGAUCGGAGGUGGCGAUUAGAAGCGAGGGCUGACCGCUGGAGUCGUCCCGAAAAUGGAGGUUGUGAUAGAGAAGGAAUGCAGCGCGCUCGGAGGACUCUUCCAAACUCUUAUCGCAGACAUGAAAAGCAGUUGCCCAAUUUGGGAGGACUUUAUCACCAAGGCUGGCAAACUACAGUCUCAACUCAGGGCGACUGUGGUUGCGGUGGCUGCCUUCCUGGAUGCCUUUCAGAAAGUGGCUGACUUGGCCACCAACUCACGAGGUGGAACUCGAGACAUCGGGUCUGCCCUCACCAGGAUGUGUAUGAGGCAUCGCAGUAUAGAGGCCAAACUCAAGCAUUUCUCAAUGGUGUUCAUGGAGGGUCUGGUCGGUCCUUUGCAAGAACAGAUGGAGGAGUGGAAAAGAGGAGUCAACUCUUUGGAUAAGGACCAUGCUAAAGAGUAUAAGAGAGCCCGCCAGGAAAUAAAGAAGAAGUCUUCAGACACACUCAAACUUCAGAAGAAAGCAAAGAAAGGUCGAGGAGAUUUUCAACCCCAGUUGGACAGUGCGAUGCAGGAUGUCAGUGAUAAAUACAUUCUGCUAGAGGAGACGGAGAAGCAGGCUCUGAGAAAGGCUCUGAUUGAAGAGAGACAGAGGUUCUGCUUUUUUGUAGCCCUGCUCCAGCCGGUAGUGGAUGAGGAGAUUUCUAUGCUGGGGGAGGUCACGCACCUUCAGGCCAUUUCUGAUGACCUCAAAGCCUUGACCUCUGACCCACACAAACUCCCAGCCGCUAGUGAGCAGGUGAUUCUUGAUUUGAAGGGCUCAGAUUUUAAUUGGUCCUAUCAGACUCCGCCUUCUUCUCCAAGUUCCACUGUGUCCAGAAAGUCCAGCAUGUGCAGUAGUCUGAACAGCGUUAACAGUAGUGACUCCAGGGGCUCUAGUGGGUCCCACUCUCACUCUCCUUCCUCCUCUUCUUCCUCCUCCUCCUCACAUCACCUUUUCCACCUCCAUCACCCGCGCAACCGGUACCGCAGCUCCACGCUCCCCCAGCCGACCCCAGCGCGCCUCUCCAGUAUCUCCUCCCACGACUCGGGCUUCAUCUCCUCCUCACAUGACCAGUACACAUCUUCCAAGUCUUCGUCGCCCAUGCCAGCUGAAACAAAGCCCUGUCCAAGCUCCAGCUCCUCUGAGGUGUCAGAGACUGGACCCCUUCACAGUGACUGCCCCUCCACUCUGAGCGCUGCUACUGACACUCAGCACACUGACCAGAUGUCCAAUGGGUAUGACCACUGCAGCCCUGCGAGCUCCCCAUACCUACACAGUAACGGGUCGGGCACUGCCUUUCCGUUUUACCCUCCGUCCUCCCCCACCUCCACCUCCUCCCCCUCUCGCUCAUGGUCCCGUCCCACCUCCGCCCUGCUGCCAGAAUACCCUCAUUAUUGUACUCUGGGCUCCCCUAUGCUGCCAUCGUCCCGUGUGCCCAGCUGGAAGGACUGGGCAAAACCAGGGCCCUAUGAUCAGCCAAUGGUCAAUACUUUGAGGAGGAAGAAAGACAAGGAACUGCCAACUGUAACAGACUCUAAUGGAAACCAGAGUGUGAAUCACAGUGAAAAUGGCUCUGCACCCACCCUCAUGUCACCGCCCCCUGCUGCACCAGUGAUGCCACAACCUCCACACCACUCGAGCUCGGCAGAAGAGGCCAACAGGACACUGGCCUCACAAUUCAAGUCUGGAGAUUUCUUGCCACAUGAGGAACUUGCUAUGGCUUUAUCACGAGGUCUAGAUUUGGACACUCAGAGGUCCAGUCGAGACUCAAUCCAGUGCUCCAGUGGCUACAGUACCCAGACUAACACACCUUGCUGCUCUGAAGAUACAAUACCUUCACAAGUUUCAGAUUAUGACUAUUUCUCAAUGGCUGGGGACCAAGAGGCUGAACAGGCUGACUACGACAAAUCAUCUACUAUCCCGCGCAACAGUGACAUUGGCCAGUCCUACAGACGUAUGUUCCAGACGAAGAGGCCUGCCUCGACAGCUGGUCUGCCCAGCACACAGGCUCCUUAUCCAGGCCAUGGAGGCUAUCCUCCUACACCCAUGCACUCAGGGCAUUAUCAGUCCAAUGGGACUUAUCCAUCCACACCCACAGCUUCUUGUAAUCAGGGCUAUUACUCUGGAUCCAGUACCCAUAAUGGCACAUACUCUUCAGGCCAUGGUCCUGUUAUCGUUACCCCAGGGGUAGCCACAAUCCGCCGAACUCCAUCUUCAAAACCCUCGGCCCGGCGCUCUGCCUCUGUCACAGGCACUGGCCCUAUUCCCAUCCGCACGCCGGUCGUCCCAGUGAAAAUCCCCACAGUCCCGGACAUAACAGCCGCUGUCAAUGGCAACAGAGGCACAGAAGAAAUGGAGAGAGGGCGAGGAGAUGAGAGCCCUGAUUAUCCAAUGUAUCCUUUAGAGGAGACCAACCCUCUUCAGAUGGUGUCCUGGAGCGGCCAGGCUUCCACCAACCCCCCUGUCACAGCUUUGGCCAACCAUCAUCAUAUGCAGAACCAUGCGGGUGCAGAGGAGGGAGCUGGAGAGCUGAUGGAAGAGUCAGGAGAAAAUGAGGGCAACAUGCUUGUUGCUAUUCGUAAAGGAGUCAAACUCAAGAGGACUCUGACUAAUGACCGCUCAGCCCCUCGCAUUGCCUAAAUUCAUCAAUCAGAAAGUGAACUGUUUGAGAAGGGAACUCUUUUUCCACUCAUUGUUGUGCGGGGUUAGGUUAAAAGCUUCAGAUAAUGUAUUUAGAUGUGAAGACUGAGUUGACUUCUGUAAAUAUUCAAAUGUUUAUUUGCCCAUUAAAAUGAAGAACAAUUACUUUUUCACAUGAACAGACACAAAAAAAUCAAGCAUUUCAAAUAGUCGCAAACACAGUAACACGUGUUUAUAGAAAACUGUGAGCAAUAAAAGGACACUAAAACCAUUGACCACUGUAGCAGUAUAACACAGUUUACUUUUUAUUUAUGAUUUUUCCAUAGCCACAUGUGCAACGUGAUGUUUUCUUUUCACUUUAAAGUAUGGAGUUUAUGUACACAAACAUGUUAACUCUCAUUGGUGACAGAGUGCACUGUCACUGAGACAAAUGAACUUAUUGUCCUCCUGCUGUCACUGAGGGCAGUAACUGGGGCCAGAACAAAGGUGAUAUUGUGUGGCAGACUCGCAGGAGUACUGGAUGUGGGAGGUGCCUUGGACUUCUGACAGCUCACCAAAUUUGAACUGAUGUUUUUGGGAUGGCUGUGAAAAAGCCUUGUUCAACGGCAGCAGCUGAAGUCUGUCACAAACGUGAAUGUUAAGAGCAGCAGUUAUCACGUGCUACUACUCAUCGCAAUUACAACAAAAAUGAGACAGUGUGCCAAUGUUUCACACCACUGACACCUUUACUUUAUGUUAUCUUUUUGUUUUAAUUUGUAAAUAAUUUAGUUUUGUUUCUGUGUCUGGAGUAUAUGGAUGCUCCUACCGUCCCUUGAGUGCCAUUUCAUCUAUUUCUCUAAAUGCUACAAACAUCACAGCCAUAGUUUAUGAUCACAGCUCUCCUCUAAUAAUUGUUGUCCCUAAACACUAAAUUCAGUUUGCAUUAUACAUGCUAAAAGAUAAAGACAUGUAACAUAGCUUAUGUCAAGAACACAGCUAAAGGAUGUUUUAGAUUUUUUUAAGAAAUAAGCUGCAUUUUGUUAGUUAUACAUUUUCAUCAAUGUAUGUAGCAUGGAUUUUGAGUUAUUUUUUUAUUUGUCUCAGAAACCACUCUUGUUUAUUCAAAAGGCUGGGUGCCAAACAGGUACUCAAAAGCAAGGCAAUCAUAUUUCUGUUCAUAUUCAUGGGAGUUAAUAAUUCUAACUUGUGAGACAGUGGCCAUCAUUGUGAAAAUGACAGGGCCAAAAGCAGUUAGUAUUUCAGUUAGUCUGAAGUUGAAUUGCAUUUCAGUUCAAGCACUGUGAGCAUGUGGCCAUGUCGAGGUUUAUGAAAAUGUAAAUAUUGUUCAGCGAAAAACAUGUUCAGUAACACAUUUUAAUUUAUUUUCUUGAUUGUCUUGCAUUGAUCUGCCUUCAUCACUCUUUAUUUUUAUACUUUUUUCAUUCACAAGAAAUGUUUCUUUUUACCAGGCAUGAACGUUUGAUGUGAUCAGAACACUGAUUAUUCUGCAACAAUUCAGCUGAUGUCCUUAAUUUCAAAUUUUUUUUAGCAUCACACAUCUAUGGUGCACAUACAUUUGCUAUAGUUGUCUACAGAUAGAAACAGUGCAUUUAAAUUAAAUCAAGAACCUUUUGAAAACAGCAUUUAAAGUAUAUAUAACUAAGUUUAUUACAUGCCUCAGAAGUUAUUGUAGUGGACAUGACUCUAACAAAGGAUGUGGUUUCUCUGUUAGACCUUUAAAGAUAACAAAGUUGUAUCAGCAGUAUAUUUACACUUCUAGUAAAAUUAUAUAUUAUAUAAAAGUUGCCAAAUGUCAGCAUAUAAACGUCACCUAUAAUAUAAAUAAAAUAAGAAUAAGAUUAUAGUUUGUGCGGGUGUGAGGAAGAUUGAAUCUGUAUUCUCUAGUUUAGUCUCUGUGUCUUCAGAGGAGAGUUGAUCUCUCUGGUUGGUCCCUGUUCAGUUUAAAAAAAGUAUGAAAUGUUAUUUUUGUUGUGUAAUGACAGCCUUAGCAAUACAAUAAAACAUUAAACACUU